AUGAGCGAUUCAACGUUAUCUAAGAUCAGUGAAUUGAUCAAAUUGGAAGAUGAUUUGGCCAAGAUAGGCAGUAUUAGACAGCAAUUUCUUAAGGAGAAGUCGUCUGUUGAUGUGAAGUUGUCGUCGACGACGCAGGUGCAGAUUGAUUCGAUUAUGAAGAAUUUAGCGAAUUUACACAACACCAUGGAGAGACUCGAUUCAAUAAAGGGGAGUAUUGGGGAGGUGCAGCAAGUGCAUGAUAGUACGAUUGGGGAGGUGAGGGAGUACGAUACGAUCAAGAAGAUGACUAUGGUGAACCAGUUUUUACACCAAGUGGGGAGUUUGUAUGAGGAUAUUUCUGGGUUCAAGAGAUUUGUUGAGGCAUUGAACGAGGAGAUCCAAAGGGAGUUGCAGGGGUUGCAGAAUGACUUGAAGUACCCGUUACCGAACUUUGUUAGGAUCCACCAUGCAUAUACUCAGGCAAGGAAUUUUGUUGACUAUUUGGAGGUGUACUCGACGAGGUUGUCGGACGAUUUACAGUCGAUUGUGUAUAAGGUUGUUUCGCCAAUCAAGACUACGAUCAAGUUGUUUGAUGAGUUGCUCAAUGAAGGGAUCCAGAGUUUGACUGAGGUGACCAAGGAAGGCAAUUUCGAGUGUUUUUUCAAUAUUUUGGGAGUGGUCACAUGGGAGGAGAAUGAGGAUUUGAAGGUGUCGUUGCUCAAGAGUUUGGAUAUGGUUUCGGCGGACCCCAAGACGGUGAACUACAAGACGUUUCGUGGCCGGAGCAGAAACUAUAAGAAGUUUUUCUUUGACAAGUUGCGGACCCAUCUAUAUGAGAUAUUUGAUCUGUGUGUGGAGUACUAUGGGAACGACAAGAUACUUGUGUAUGACGGGUUGUACUGGUUAGAGGAUGAGAUGCGGUUUGUGUAUACCACGUUGGACAAGCUAUUUCCUGCGAAUUGGGGUGUGAGUGCGUUUAUCCAGGAUGUGUAUUAUAACCGGUUGCACGAUUUUACCAUGGACCUUAUUAAUACCGACCCGCCAGCCGAAGACUUGCUCAAGAUCUUGCUGUAUGACUCGAAAUAUGGUGCGUUUGUGUCUGAGUUUGGCGUUAAGCAAAAGUCGAUAAUUGGCGAAGAGCUUAAGAAUAGUGUGUUGGACGAUUAUUUGAAUAAUAUUACGACCAAAAUGAAGGAGUGGAAUGAUAAUUUGAUUCGACAAGAGACGAAAACAUUUACCGAAAGACCGAAUGCGCCGGACAUUUACCCUAUUGAGCUGACGAUUGAAGAUUUGGAUGCUGAUAAGAAUGAGGUGCAGCUCACGAUCGACCUUAAUGUGUAUGUUAUGCCAGAUUUCAAGAUUGCGUUGACGAUGCUUAAAGAGCAGGCUGAUGUUGCUGCAGAGUCCAAGUACUCGAGGAUUUUGGUGGAGGUAAUUGAGAGCUGGUCAGAAUGCUAUGUCAAGCGUAUUGCCAAUUUUAGGGAAGUGGUUGAAGACGAGAUGGACCGGUACAUGUCGGUGUUUAACAAUGAAGGGUACUUGAUUAAGGAGAGUAAGGCGAAACGGUUGUUCAGGAAGAAGCCGCCGGUGGUUGACAUUGACAGUUUGUCGCCAGAAGAGCAGAGCAAGCUCCUGAGGGAGGGGUUGAUUGAGUACUUGGCGGCGUUGGCGAACUCGUUGGACAUUAGUGAUGAUAUAAUGAACGACAAAUUUGCCCCGACAUACAAAGAGAAGGUGCACACCAACUACCAUGCACGGAUUGGUAAGGCGUUUGAUGUUGCGUCGGAGAGUUCUAACGCGUUGAUUUCUGAGAUAUUGAGUGCAAUCACCGACAUAAUCAUGAACGAUUUGACGCCGGCGUUGUGCAAGUUGUUUACGAAAAAGUGGUAUGAAGAUGGACACUCGCAAACGGGCGAGCCGACGCUUGCUAAGCUUGUGGUAGAGACGAUUAGCGAGUAUAUGGGAGAGAUGAGACAGUACUGUGUGUACCCGGUCUACCAGUUGUUGUUUGUUAUUUUUUUGGAUAAUUUUAUUCCUACGUAUAUUAGAAUUGGCUAUGAAAAUAUCUUGCAUGGCGAUGGGAAAAAGAUUGAUCCACAGGCCACCAAAAAGUAUAAAUCGUUUAGCGAAGGUAUUACCAGGGAUAUUGAAAUCUUUUUUAGUGGCCUUGACCCGUUGUUUACCAGGAAAGAUGGGGAAUACUUUUUUGCGUCGCUUAAUGCCAUUGAGUUGUUGCUGGUAUUGGGGACAGUUGAAGUUAACAAUAUCAAAGAUGUGUGGCAGCACGAGGUGCUACCCAAGUUUUAUGAUUGUUCGGUAGAGUAUAUUCGUGGGGUAUGUUUGUGUCGUAAGGAUAUGGAUAAGUCGGAGACCAAGCAAUUGGUGCUGCAGUUGCAGGAAAUUAAGGUUGAGUACCACCAGGCCGUGCAGCCGCCGGACGUGCCAAUAUUUACGUUGAACGAUUUUGAGUUUCAGGAUUAG